GAAAAAAGAGUGAUAAUUGAGAAAGAGAAAGAGAAAGAAGAUAGGAGAGAGAGAAAAGAAGCUGUCUCGUGAAGAGCAGGUGAAGCUGAACCAAAAGAAAAUAAAAGCUUUGCUCUUUUUCUUUCUUUCUUCUUUCUCUCUCUAAGAAAUCUCUUCUAAGAGCACUCACAUUCAUUCCUUGCUUCCUCCUUUUAUAUCACGAGAUCCCCAUCACUUUCUUUCUUCUUCUUCUUCCAAGUUCAUAUUUGUGGCAUUGACGCUGAUAGAGUGAGAGGGAGAAAAUAAAUUAAAUUAAAACACAGAGAGAGUCCCAAAAUAGAAAGAGAGAGUUUUUAAGAUACUCUUUUCUGUUUGUUUUGGCUAUCAGCAAAAAUGUCACGUUCUGAUAAACCCAUUCCCGAGUUAGGGCUCAGCGAUCGCUUCCGUGACUCACUGAGUUGUUCUGAAGCGAACAAACCCGAUUUCCGAGAACUCGAUCUGGGUUCACCUGUUUCUCCAUUGCGUGCUCGUCACCAUAGUGCAGCCACUACCAGUAGUAGCAGCAGCAGUAGCGGUUCAUCCGGGUCGGGUCGAGCCGGUAACAACCCGGUUUCUAAGAGAUCCGAUUCCGGCGAGCUCUCCGGCUCCAGUGAUACUAACAGUCCCACCCGGACAUCCAAACCGGGUCAUCGGAGAUCCGAUUCGGGUCAGAGCCAGAGAUCCCCUUCCUCCGCCGCUGUGAACUCGCCGCCGCUGAAUGUUCUUCCUGCCGGGAACAUUUGCCCUUCCGGCAGGGUUCUCAAGGCAGUGCCGGUAGCGGCUGUGUCAAGCCGGAGCUCCAGGACCGACAUUUUGGGCUCCGGCACAGGGAAUUACGGCCACGGAAGCAUAAUGCGGGGCGGCAGAGGUGGCGGGAGCAACACCAGUGAGGCAGCGAGGGUGAGGGUUAGCGGGGGUUGCGGCGAUUUGAUGAAGCGUGUGGAUCCGGAAGAGGUGAAGAGAGCAGGAAAUGAAGAGUAUAAGAGAGGGCACUUUGCGGAGGCGCUGUGCCUUUAUGAUCGGGCAAUUGCGCUGUCUCCGGGCAAUGCUGCGUACCGCAGUAACCGUGCUGCCGCAUUGAUCGGUUUGGGACGGCUGCCGGAGGCGGUGAGGGCGUGUGAGGAGGCGGUAGAGUUGGAUCGUACCUAUGGAAGGGCGCAUCAGCGUUUGGCGACUCUCUUUCUCAGGUUAGGAGUAGUUGAGAAUGCUAGGAAGCACCUUUGUUAUUCUGGGCUGAAGCCAGAUCCUUGUGAGUUGCACAAGUUACAAAUAGUGGAAAAGCAUAUUAGCAAAUGUGUGGAUGUACGGAGGAUAAGAGAUUGGAAGAGUGUACUUAGGGAAGCUGAUGCUGCUGUUGCUACGGGAGUGGAUUCUUGUGUUCAGCUCUUUAUGUGUAGAGCAGAAGCCCUUCUCAGGCUCCACCAGAUGGAUGAUGCCGAAUCAAGUUUAUUACAUAUUCCCAAAUGUGAGCCGCAUCCUGUUUCCUUAUCGCAGGCCAGAUUUUUUGGGAUGCUUUCUGAAGCUUAUUGCUACUUUGUUAAAGCUCAGAUUGAGAUGGCUUUUGGAAGGUUUGAGAAUGCAGUUACAGCUGCUGAGCAAGCUAGUCAGAUUGACCCCCGAAACAUUGAAGUUGCUGUUUUGCUCAACAAUGUAAGGAUGGUGGCUAGAGCUCGAUUGCGUGGCAAUGAUCUCUUUAAAUCAGAAAGGUUCACUGAAGCGUGCUUGGCAUAUGGAGAAGGUUUGAGGCUAGACCCUUCAAACUCUGUUCUCUAUUGCAAUAGAGCAGCAUGUUUUUUUAAGCUUGGGCAAUGGGAAAAAUCAAUUGAAGACUGCAAUCAAGCUUUACUCAUCCAACCAAACUACACAAAAGCCAUUCUUCGGAAGGCUGCUUCAAAUAGCAAGCUAGAAAGGUGGGCAGAAGCAGUAAACGAUUACGAGCUCUUGCGGAGAGAACUACCAGAUGACAAUGAAGUUGCUGAAGCACUGUUUCAUGCGCAAGUAGCAUUAAAGAAGUCUCGUGGGGAAGAAGUACAUAAUUUAAAGUUUGGUGGUGAAGUGGAGGACAUAUCAGGUCUUGAGCAGUUUAGAGCUGCAAUAUCUUUACCAGGUGUUUCUGUUGUUCAUUUUGAAACCGCAUCCAACUUGCAAUGCAAGCAAAUAUCACCCUUUGUGGAUACGCUGUGUAGUCGCCAUCCAUCUAUAAAUUUCCUCAAGGUGGAUAUUCAACAAAGCCCAACAGUCGCUACUGCUGAGAAUGUGAGCAUUGUACCGACAUUCAAGAUCUACAAAAAUGGCUGUCGAGUGAAGGAAAUUGUAUGUCCUAGUCGUGAAAUGUUGGAACACUCCGUUAGGCAUUACAGCUUGUAGAACUCAUGACCUUGUACUGCUUCUCCAUUCUAUAUACUGCAUUUCCAUCCUGCCACUUGACAUGCAGUGAGACUCUUCACAGUUCAUCCAGUCUUGUGCUCCCACCUUAAAAUGAUCUCCUGAUACCUGUUGUCAUAUUCACAUCAACCACAUAAUAAUCUUGUUAGCAGCCAGUUCCAACGGAACCCAGGACAUAAACUAGUUCCUUUUGCUGUUGUUAUUUAUUCAUUCAUUCCUAAUUUCUUUCUGGUUCCAUGUUCCUCCAACUUUCCCUUUGUCAUUUUUCUUUUCUCUUAUUUUUCACUUCAUGUAGACCAGCUGUUAUUGUAUCCCCAGUUUCUUUAUGGGUGAAAAAAAAAGAGAUUUUUGUGUCUGUAAUUGACUAAAUUGUCACUUUAUAUUACCUUUUGGACAGACAAGGGAGAGGAGGUUGGUCUGCUGUUAGAGGAGGAUCCUGUACAUGUAUAUAUGUGUUGAUUACGUACCAAACACUGGAAGCCUUAAAGGGGGAUAGGAUGACUGUUGGGUACCUAAUGGGUUGGUGAAAUGAGGGUGAAUUUGUUGUUAUUGUUAUUAUUUUUCUAUCUUAGCCAUUUGAUCAAUAAAAUUUCCCAUUUUUUCUGCC